AUGUCUCAAGAAUACAAAGGCCAAGACCUUCUCAACAUCGCGGUCCAAGCGCAACAAGACCUCGCGGAUCCUAAGAAGAAGCAUGGCGCUCAAGAUAGUGGCUUUGGAGGCAAAACCGUCCAUGGAGGCAGUGUCAGUACGACCGAGUCCGGCAUCGAUCAAUCUGUAACGAACCAAUUCCCCGGAAGCACGGCCAACUACGGUAGCAAGGUGUCUGGAACUGGAAACAACCGCGAAAUUCCUUUUGAAGAAGGAGGAGAUAUUCAAAAAGGAACAGGAAGAAUGACCAAGGCGGGAGACUUUGACCAAGGUACCCUGGUGAGGGACCGGAGCACAUUGCAACAAAAUAUGCCGAGCAACAUGGAGGGGAAGAUCAUGUGA